AUGAAGACUCGAGGCCGUGGUUCAUCUUCCAAGCCUGUGAAAUCUCAACAGGAGACACUUCCUGAAUCUGUUCCCACUGCCACUCCUUCGGUCCCAGCCUUAAUCCCUGCUGUCUCUCCUACUCCAGGUCGUCGUUUUAAAACCACAGCAAGAAAGAAGGUUCUUGCUCUUUCGGGUCCUAUAAGUUCGUCUGUUCUUGGUGCUUCUAGCAAAGGAGUUACGUUCCCGAAUUUGGAUGCUAAGCCAAUUCCAGCCUCGGCGGUUUCACUCGCCUCUCCUGAAGGUCAAAUAAAAGCCAAACCGGCCUUGGGAACUAGUCAGUCCAAAUCAAUUUCCACUAAAGAUGUGUCUGUUCCAUCUGAUCAUGACUCUGAAUCCUCACUAUCACCUGAUGUGUUGACACCCAAGGCAAAGGGCAAACGUAAGUCCAAAGCUGUUGGGUCGAAGAAAGGGAAAAAGGCCAAAGUGGCUAAAUCUAAAGUUCCUCUUGAUAAUUUGGCUGAGGAGACUGACUCUGAAGAGGACCCAUCUGAAGCCUCUCCAGUUGCAUCGGACCCAAAAGGCACCACUCCUUUGGCAUUUCCUGAAUUGUCGUCCAAACUUGCAAAGCAAAAAGGUGCUCCUGCCCGUAACUCAGACCAAUCUUCUUUCAUGUUCCAUAAAGUUUAUGUUAGGGGUCAUUGGUAUAAUUUUAGCCCGUCCGAAAUUGCUAAGGCUCUCAAUCUCGUCCCUGUGGAGAUUGAUGAUUCUAUUGAGUUUGCAAAGGAUCAAGUUUUGUCUGAACUGGUUGGUCAGGCUAUGGUGUGGGAACCAAGCACCUCUCUUCGAGUCACCGAUCUCACUCAUUUCUAUGGUGCUCUUUUCAAAUUUGCUAUGUUUAAUUGGAUGCCUACCACACAUUCCUCCACCAUCACACAAGAUAUGGCCUUCCUAUUGUUCAAAAUUGGUACUGGAGUCGCCAUAGAUCUUGGAGCUGUUAUUUUUGACCAAAUCAUGUCUCUAAGUGGUGCCAAACGUAAGGGGCAACACUUGAUGUUUCCUCAGGUCAUUUACAAGCUUUUGGACUCUCAACGUCCUUUGAAGACGUCUCAUGAGACCUUGACUUCUCCUUUGGUUGGUCCCACCUAUACUGUCAAAGAUGAUCAUGCUCCGUCCACCGCUCGAAAAGUCAAAGGAAUUAAUCUGGCUAGUCCUGCUUCUGGCAAUGUUGUGUCUGACACUCCUGCUGUCCCGACUGAUCUUGGUGCUGUCCAGACAGGACUUACCAGUCUUUCUGUCCGGUUCUCUCUCAUGGAGGAAACUUAG